AUGCUAAGGAUCUUGGAUCAGAGAAUUGUGCUGUUAGUAAUUUCAUUUUUUACAAGCCUGAAGAGUACAAAGGUACUUUCAGAAUGGAAGAAGUGUGGUGAUCGGGAAUGUGAGACGGCAAUGAGCAGAGUUCAAGCCACUACAGACUACUUAGGGCCCGACUGCCGGUACCUUAACUUCAAAACAGGGGAAGAGAUAAUAGUAUAUUCCAAGCUUUCAAGGAAAAAUGAAAACUUGUGGAUAGGAAGCAAAGGAAAGGAUUUUGGGUAUUUCCCAAAGGAUGCUGUGAAAGUUGAGGAAGUUUUUAUUGCAGAAGAAGUUGAAGUGCUCACUAAGGAAACCGAUUUCCUUUGUCUCGAUGGAGAUAAUUACUCUUAUGAAAAAGAAGAUAGCGCGUUACAUGAUCACAACGAAGAAAGUGAAUAUUCGUCAUCUGAUGCAGAAUUGCAGCUGUGCGAAAAUGAACUCUUCAAACAUACAAGGGACUCCAGGCGAAAGGAAGAGAGAGAUCAAUCAGUUUCUGAAAAUGAUUCCAAGGAACCUCACACUCAGGAGGAGUCUGCAAGUAAAGAGUUGGAUAGAAAAAAUGAUAACAGAAAAGAUGAUACUGAAGAGCCACAAGUGCAAACCAGUCCCCUAUUAGAACCUGUUCCUGCUCAGUCUGGCUGGAUUGCAGGAUGGUUCACCACAGGAAGUAAAAACGAUGAAGAGCCCUUAAAAGCAAUUACCGAAUCUUUAGAAGAAAAUACAUACCGAGGCAGAAAAAUAGCAGUAACUGCUGAAGAUGACUUACAGGAGCCAAAUGAUGAGGAAAAGGAACUGACAUCAUCUCUUUGGAUGGUGGGGCUGACAGACUUUCUGUAUUUUGGUGAAGAGAACGUGGAUGUUGGUUUGGCAUCAGAAAAAAAUGAUCCACAAAUCCAUGAUGUUUCUAGUGUGCCUGAACAUUCCAAUAAUGAGCAGGAAACAGCAGUUAUGGAGUUACUGACAGAUGAACAAAAGAGUGAAAGCCAAGAAUCCAAAUCAAAUUGGUUUAAUUUGGAUUUAAGUAAUGUUCUUAAUUUUGGCCAUAAUGAGAAAGAUGCAAUUGCUACGGAAGACCAGCAAAGCAGAGAAACAGAGGAUGAAGCAAAUAAGAAUGAAGAAGUGCAGACUUUAGACCAGAAUGAAUCACAAAUGGACAAAGAAUCAAAGCAGACAGUUAAAGCAGUGACAGAUGAUGAAGGUGAAGAAAACUAUACACAAGAAAUAAUAGAUUCAAACAGUAACAUACCAAAUCCUGGGGAAAUACCAUCAAGGAUGCAUACCAAGAGCACCUCAGAUAGCACAGAAUCUUCUUUUGAUAUACUAACAAGUGAUAAAGAGAAGCCAACUGAACCUUACAGUUCAGAACAAGACUUGGUAUCAGAAAAUCAACUGCUGAAAAUCUCUGAAGCUAAAAAGAGAAAUCAGGAGUCAGAAAGUGAACACGGUCAGUCAGCCUACCUCAGAACUGUGAUCCCUCAGACACAAAAAACACAGAAGAAAAACCUGACUUAGCUGGAGAACAGAGACAUUUUUUCUCUCUCAGUCAUUUUGCAGACAUACUGAUGUUUCAGAGUUCAACAGCUGAAGAAGGGCAA